AUGGAAAUUAAAACGGAUCUUCCGUCGGUAGAAAAGUAUUUUUCUGCAGGCGGUCAAACAUCUUGUAUCAAGAUGUUGGACGGGAUCAAAAUCGUAAACCAAUUAGGAACAGUACCCGCUACUUUAGGAGUGAUGCCUGGCACCGAGUGUCAUGAAAAUGUGUGCGAAGGAUGCAAGCGACCGAUCUCUGAUCGUUUCCUCAUGCGCGUGAACGAGUCCUCCUGGCACGAGGAGUGUGUGCAAUGCGCAGUUUGUCAACAGCCGCUUAUUACGACUUGCUACUCCAGAGAUCGAAAACUUUAUUGCAAACAGGACUACGAACAGAUGUUUGCAGCUAAAUGCAGUAGCUGCCUGGAGAAGAUUCCUCCCACUGAGUUUGUGAUGCGUGCACUAGAGUGUGUCUAUCACCUUGGCUGCUUUUGCUGCUGCAUAUGUGAGAGACAGCUGUGUAAAGGGGAUGAGUUUUUGCUGAAGGAUGGACAGCUGCUGUGUAAGAAUGACUAUGAGAGGGAGAAAGACCUACUCAACUCCAUCAGCCCAGAGAUGUCAGAUUCUGACAAAAGUGAGGAUGAGGAUUUGGAUGUGAAGACAGAGAAAGGCGCUGGAGUGCAGAACAAAGGCGGUGAAGAUAGUAAAGACUCCCGCAGACCCAAACGACCCCGCACCAUUCUCACCACUCAGCAGCGACGCACUUUCAAAGCCUCCUUUGAGGUAUCCUCCAAACCAUGCCGGAAGGUGAGAGAAACCUUAGCAGCUGAGACUGGACUCAGUGUGAGAGUUGUUCAAGUCUGGUUCCAGAACCAGAGAGCCAAGAUGAAGAAGUUGGCCCGUCGACAGCAACAACAGGAGCAGCAGAACUCACAGAGACUUGGACAUGAGGUGAUUUCAAACAAAAUGGAUGAUCUGAUGAAUUCCUACACAUCACUUCCCCCACCACAACAACAGCAUCUUAUUACUAUAGACACAAACAAUUGCAGCACAGAUCCCUUCCAGCAAGGACUCACUCCUCCACAAAUGCCCGGAGAUCACAUGAAUCCAUAUGGAAAUGACACCAUUUUCCAUGAUAUCGAUAGUGAUACAUCUUUGACUAGCCUCAGUGACUGCUUCUUGGCAACCUCAGAGACAAGCUCCCAGAAAGCUCAUGUGGUAAACCCCAUUGACCGCCUCUACUCCAUGCAGAGCUCGUACUUUACAUCAUGA